CUCAACCUUUAAAGUAGCUCAAGGACAUACCGAUGCAUAGUUGAUGUCUAUUAGAGGAUGCGCGAUCGCGAGCCACUGUCAAUUGUAGACGAUGCGACGCCAAAGCCCUUCCCGUGUCGCGCUUUUGCACCGGCUUCUCGGUUUCCUGCUUGCCACAACCCUCGUUAUGCCUGGACAAGGAUGCUUCAAGCGGCUCGUUUACCACGGGCAAUACCCACUGCUGUACAUAGAUGACUGCUCCAAUCACUUUGACAUGGGCCUGCUGGUGGGCUCCACAUUUGCCAAGGUCAUCAACGAGCGCGUCCGCGCCUCCAUCGCCUUCGCCAAAGUGCAGGCCUACUGCAGCACCAACUGGGGUCGGCAGCUGCUGGCGGCGCUCAAGGACACGCACCGGGCGGCCUUCCCGCUCUACUACGCCGAACUCAUGGGCACGGCGGCCGGCGCGGAGCUGCCCCUCGACACGAUCUUCAUGCUGAACCUGCGUCAGGAGAUCCUGGCCGCCGGCGACACCCCCAGCGGCCAGGCGGCGGUGCAGGCCUGGCUGGCGGCGCGGCAGCGGCAGCAGCAGGAACCGGCGCAGGAGCAGCAGGAGCAGGAGCAGGAACAGCAGCAGGAGCAGCAGGAGCAGCAGGAGCAGGGCGCAGCGGCGCGGCUGCGAGGGGGGCGCUGGGGCAGCUCGCGGGACCCGCACGACGGCGCGGCCGCGGCGGCAGCAAUGCGCUCGGGUGGUGGCGAGGGGGCGGCCGGCUCGGGUGUGGGCGGCGGUGCUGCACGGGCAGCCGCCACUGCCGCGGCCCUACGGCUCUCGGAGUUGAGCCUGCAGGUCCAGCACGGCAGCGGCGGCACCAGCGGCGGCGGCGGCAGUGGCAGCGGCGGCAGCGACGAAGCAGCCAGUCACAGGGGGAACCAGCAGCAGGAUGGGGAGCGGCCGGAGGGUCUGGAGCCGGCCUGGGGCAGCGCUGAGGCGCAGAUGGAGCGGCGGCGGCUGGUGCGGCGGCUGGCGCAGUCGCUGCGGCGGGGCGGCUGCGCGGCGGACCUGGCGGCGCUGGCGGCGGCACUGGCGGGCGGCGGCGGCGGCGGCGGCGGCGCCGGGCUGCAGCAGGAGCUGGAGCUGGGGGCGGAGCUGGGCUUGGGGGUGGGGGAGGAGGAGACGGAGGGGGUGCCGGCGGAGCAGGAGGAGGAGCAGGAGCUGGUGACACGGCAGGAAGUGGAGGGCGGGGAGGAGAUGGAGCAGGCGGGUGACACGGUGGCAGGGGGCAAGGAUGCAGCGGCAGCGGGGCGCUCCGGUCUGGCCAGCGCAGGGGACCUACCCACCAACGACAAUGACACGCAUGGUGGCAGCAGCGGCGGCGGCGGCGGCGGCAGUGCGGGUCCGUACGUGGACCCUGCCAGUGUGGACGCGUGCAGUGACGUGGCUGUGCGGCUGCUGCCGGAGGGCGACGCGCCGCCGGGGGCGCCGCCGCGGCUGCUACUGCUGGGGCACAACGAGGACAUGACCAGCGACACACAGGGCCGAGUCUACUUUGUCCGGGCCUCGAUGCCGGGCCGUGCCGCCUGGUUCGCGCUGACGUACGCGGGCGAGCUGGCCUCCACGGCCUUUGGCGCCAACACCGCCGGAGUGGCCUUCACACUCAACGCACUGUACCCCACAGAGGCGCUGCUGCCCGGCCUGGGCCGUAACUUCCUGUCGCGGCGGCUGCUGGACGCGGCCUCGGAGCCGGAGGCGCUGGCGGUGCUGGGCGUGGAUGGGCAGGCCACGGGUCGGUCUGUGAACCUGAUGUGCACCCAGCCGGGCCGCGCGGGCGUGGUGAACGUGGAGGUGGGUCCGGGCGGCAGCUACGACGUGCUGCAGCUGCGGCCGGGCGCCGACGACUGGUACUUCCACGCCAACGCCUACGACCGACUGCCGCAGCCGCAGAAGACAGACAACAGCAGCGUGCACCGCAAGGCGCGUGCCGCCCAGUUCCCCCUGCCCACCUCCGCCCGCGACGUGCUGGCAAUCCUGGGAGACACGGCAGACCCCGACUUCCCCAUCUACCGCACGGGCGACUACGGCGGUCUGGUGUACACGCUGUGCUCUGUGCUGUUCGACCUGGUGGCGGGCACCAUGACGGUAUUCCACGGCAACCCCAAGACAGCUGCGGCGGGGUCGGUGCUCAGCCUGGCCACGCUGCUUCCACGAGGGGCGUGGGCGGCGGCGGAGCGGCAGUGAGCGCCAGAUCACCGGGCCGCGGUCAGGGGCCACAGGGCUGUGAGCCGGAAUCCUCGGGAUCCUUUGUCGAGGAUGCGUUUUAAAGUCACAGGUCAAACAGCAGCACUGCACUGUGGGUGCUCCGAGCGCGACACGAACGUACACGUGUCCAUGCCGUGGCGAUUUGCAUCCAUCCAUCCAUGGGCGGGAGCUGCUCGGGGGGCACGCCAUGAUGACUGCUGGUUGACUGGUCGCGAUGACGUGCACUCCACCGAGCCCCUGUCACUAUCAGUGGCACUGUCGGGUGAUCCGUUGCAAUGGGCGAGUAGUCGGGGAGAGCGGGCGUGCAGUGUCGCGUGCGGUGUCGAUAGGGCUGCGCAAGCGUGCACUCGGGCACGUGUGUUUGUGGCGUGUGUGGGCUUGUGGCUGGCCAGCGCCGUGCGCGUGACCUUCUCGUUAGGGUUGAUGAGGUGCCGUACAUGGUGGGGGGUGCCAUGGUAUGAGGUCGGGGGUGCACACGGGCGGCAAGCAAUGUACCGCAUGUCUCGUACAGUGGUGGGCGGCUGGCGUGCGCGUUCGAAUGUGACACUUUGAUCGACUUGGAAGACGGAGGUGUGGGGUGAGGCCGAAGUCUGUGCAGGGACACAGUGCUGGAGGAGGUCGGAUGAGGAGACUGAAGAUUGCAAAUAGUCUACAAGGGGUAUGGCUGGUGAGGGUGGCGCCUAGUGGUGUCAGGUAGGCUGCAGCGUUGUUGGCUGUUAAAGGCGAGGGACGAGCGGUGGAGGUGCGAAUUGUGUGGGGCAUCAUCGGCAGUAGCGGGUCAUGUCGACGCAUCACUUAUAUUGGUCUGAACACUUAGCAGCGGCGGA